UUAUUCAUAUAAAUAUGGUUGCAAUUUCAUGUCACACUUAACCUAGGACAUUAAAACCACCUUGCACUUUUAUUUUCUUCUUCUUGCUCCUCACCUUUGUUGAGGUUUGUGACGUUUUAUACCAAUUUUCCAAUCAUAGAGUCAAUUAGAAUGGCGAAUGUGGUGGAAGUGAAGGUUGGUUUACACUGUGACGAGUGUAUCAAGAAAAUUCUCAAGGCCAUCAAGAAGAUUGAAGAUAUUGAGACAUAUAAUGUGGACAAACAGCUGAACAAGGUCAUCGUUACAGGCAAUGUCACAAAGGAAGAAGUGAUUAGAGUUCUUCAAAAGAUUGGGAAGAAUGCAACCCCGUGGGAAGAAUUUCAAGCCCAACCCAAUUGUUGAACUAACGAUUCCAUUAUUUCAAGUUACUACGUAGCCUUUUAAGUUUUAUUUCCCUACGAAACAUUUUAGUUAUGCUUAUGAGAUUAUGGUACCACGCACGAUAUGAAAUUCUAUCAUCUAUGUAGAGUUUGUAGAGGUAUACGUCAGUUUUGUAAUUCUUGACAUUUAUCACCGAAUUAAAACAUCUCUGAUGGAGAGGCAUUGGAUGAAAUGAUAGAUUAAUAAAAAGAAGGAUUCUGUUUAUUUGCUUACUUAGCAUAAUUUGAGUAGUUAUGAUUUGUCUUAGGACUUAUCCUAAACAAACUGAAUGGAAGCAUGUUUUCAUGUUAUUUUUUGGGUGUGUUACAUGAUAAAUACUAAUGGUGAUAGUUGUCUUUACAUGCACAUCAUAUUCCUCGUAUCUCUAUUUAUACUAUUAUAUCUCAAGUAUUACUAGAGUGAAAACAAAGCAGGAAGAACUGAAUUUGCGAUGUAU